AUGUCGAAUCGUCUUCAAAAUUUGCAACAAUGGACAAAUCGACACGUGUUCACAAAUUCAUUGGAUUAUUGGGGUGGACAUCCGGAAUCGCACGAGUUUGAAUCGUACCAAAAUUCGUCGCCCAAUGAAUCAAGCACCACAUCUGGUCGACCGCCCGUUCCGCCUCCUCCGUCAUUGACUUCAAUUCGCGAAUCUCCAGAAGACAAAACCGAUCAAGCUGUUGAGGAUAAUGUCGAAGGCGACCCAGGCGAACCGAUUUCAGCUCUACAGGCUGCAUGGAAUGUGACGAAUGCGAUUCAAGGAAUGUUUAUCGUCGGACUUCCAAUCGCUGUGAAAGUUGGCGGUUGGUGGUCAAUUGGUGCAAUGAUUGGUGUCGCAUAUUUAUGCUAUUGGACUGGAGUGUUGCUCAUCGAGUGUUUGUACGAAAAUGGGAAUAAAGUUCGCAAGACAUAUAAGGAUAUUGCGGAUUUUUAUAAACCCGGAUUUGGCAAAUUUGUGCUCACUGCUCAACUUACCGAACUUCUUUCAACGUGCAUUAUUUAUCUCGUGAUUGCUGCAGAUUUACUUCAAAGCUGCUUCCCAAGCAUCGACAAGCCUGGAUGGAUGAUGUUGGUCAGUGCUGGAUUAUUGUCGUGCUCAUUCCUCGAUGAUUUGCAAAUUGUCUCUCGUCUCUCUUUUUUCAACGCAAUUUCGCAUCUCAUUGUCAAUCUCGUCAUUCUGAUUUACUGCCUCUGCUAUUUACCACAAUGGAGUUUGUCAUCGGUUACUUUUUCAUUGAACAUCAACACGUUGCCAACAAUUAUUGGAAUGGUCGUUUUCGGCUAUACGUCGCAUAUAUUUUUACCAAAUUUAGAAGGAAACAUGAAAAAUCCAAAAGAAUUCAAUUGGAUGCUGAAAUGGUCUCAUAUCGCAGCAGCCGUAUUCAAAGUUGUUUUCGGGCUGUUCGGAUUUCUGACGUUCGGAGAGCUCACUCAACAGGAAAUCUCAAAUUCGCUACCCAAUCAAGGCUUCAAAAUUCUGGUUAACUUGAUUCUUGUGAUAAAAGCUCUCCUGUCGUAUCCACUUCCAUUCUACGCAGCCGUACAUUUAAUCAAGAACAAUCUAUUUUUGGGAUAUCCGAAGACUCCAUUUACAAGUUGUUAUUCACCGGAUAAAUCAUUGCGAGAAUGGGCAGUGACUCUUCGAAUCAUUUUGGUGCUUUUCACCUUAUUUGUUGCCCUCUCGGUUCCGUAUCUCGUCGAACUGAUGGGUCUCAUCGGUAAUAUCACCGGAACAAUGCUCUCUUUCAUUUGGCCGGCGCUAUUCCAUCUUCAUAUCAAAGGAGCAACUAUUGUGAAUAGAGAUAAACGAUUUGACCAAAUGAUCAUCGCAGUCGGAUGCACUAUUUGCAUUUCUGGCGUCUAUUUCUCGACCAUGGAACUUCUUCGCGCAAUUAAUUCUAAUGAACAAUAG